CUUUUUCUUAUCCUGACCAAAGGCAUUUUUGUGUUCCUGCUCCUCUCCAAGGCACAUCGCCACCCCCAUCCCCUUUCAGGGCCCCAAACGGGAAAAGAGCUGCUGGAAACAGCUUGUUCCUUACCACAAUGGCAGGGUUGGGCAAGUGGCAAGAGGAGAAAACCCCGCCUCCCCACCCCCACCCCCUCAAUCCCCGGCAGACACAUACCUUUCUGGCUUAAGUUCUUGGCAGCAUCCCAGGCACAGCUGUCAAAGGAACUCAUCGUGCCUGUGAGGGGCCCUGGGUGACCCUGCUGACAACAGCUCAGUUGCACAAGAGCCCCCCAGGAGGGGCUAACUGUCCAUGGAAGUCCCCGUCCCGGAUUCAUCCCACCCUGUCCUGGAUAGAGGGACUGUUCCUCUCUGAAAGCCUAAAAGCUUUUCAGCUUGGAGACACUCAUGCCAGCUUUCAAUGGACCGUUUGGGGCUGCCUGGGCUAUUCAUAGCUCUGAGUAUUUUGAGAUCCCGCUCCCCACCUCAAAGAGCACACAGAUUCUUAGAGAGGUGGCAAUAAGCAGAGCAGAGCCAGAGAGAAAAGAGGAGCUUGGGCCUGGCCAGGGACAGGGUGGAGCCUCGGUAGCAGAGGCAGCAGGCCGUGCCGGGGGGGCAUGUGGCUGUAACCAGUGGCCCAGGGGAUGUUACGCUGGACGGUGCACCUGGAGGGCGGGCCCCGCAGGGUGAACCAUGCUGCAGUGGCCGUCGGGCACAGGGUGUACUCCUUCGGGGGUUACUGCUCCGGCGAGGACUAUGAGACGCUGCGUCAGAUUGAUGUACACAUUUUCAAUGCAGUGUCCUUGCGUUGGACAAAGCUGCCCCCGGUGAGGCCCGCCACCCGCGGGCAGGCUCCUGUGGUACCCUACAUGCGGUACGGACACUCCACCGUCCUCAUCGACGACACAGUCUUCCUUUGGGGUGGGCGGAAUGACACCGAAGGGGCCUGCAAUGUGCUUUAUGCUUUUGAUGUCAAUACUCACAAAUGGUCCACACCCCGAGUAGCAGGAACAGUUCCUGGGGCCCGGGACGGACAUUCGGCUUGUGUCCUGGGCAAGACCAUGUAUAUUUUCGGGGGCUACGAGCAGCUGGCGGACUGCUUUUCCAAUGACAUUCACAAGCUGGAUACCAGCACCAUGACAUGGACCCUGAUCUGUACAAAGGGCAACCCCGCACGCUGGAGGGACUUCCACUCGGCCACCAUGCUGGGCAAUCACAUGUAUGUCUUUGGGGGCCGUGCCGACCGUUUCGGGCCAUUCCACUCCAACAAUGAGAUUUACUGCAACCGCAUCCGCGUCUUUGACACGAGGACCGAGGCCUGGCUGGACUGUCCACCCACCCCGGUGCUGCCUGAGGGGCGCCGGAGCCACUCAGCCUUUGGCUACAAUGGGGAGCUGUACAUUUUUGGUGGCUAUAAUGCAAGGCUGAAUCGGCACUUCCAUGAUCUCUGGAAGUUUAACCCUGUGUCGUUUACCUGGAAGAAGAUUGAACCGAAGGGGAAGGGGCCGUGUCCCCGCCGGCGCCAGUGCUGCUGUAUUGUUGGUGACAAGAUUGUUCUCUUUGGGGGUACCAGUCCGUCUCCUGAGGAAGGCCUGGGAGAUGAAUUUGACCUUAUAGAUCAUUCUGACUUACACAUUUUGGACUUUAGCCCUAGUCUGAAGACUCUGUGCAAACUGGCUGUGAUUCAGUAUAACCUGGACCAGUCCUGUUUGCCCCAUGACAUCAGGUGGGAGCUGAAUGCCAUGACCACCAACAGCAAUAUCAGUCGCCCCAUCGUCUCCUCCCAUGGGUAGAGGAAGUUUCUGCUGCCUCCCUUCCUGAGCCUGCGUUGUCUUCACUGCCCCUGCCCAUCUCUCACCCGCCUGCCCCCCUUUGGACCCUGGACUCGUAUACCUCCACAUGGAGUUGGACUAGAGGUGUUUUCUGUGCUGUGAACUCAGUGGGGAGCUGUAGGGAGGAGGGCUAGGUCCCCUCCUCCUUGGGCCGAGGGCCCCUUCCCCUUGGUGCUCUUUCCCAUCCACCUCCCUCCAACUGCUCCUGGGCCUCUGCUCUGCCCUGGCCAGCCAUGCUCUGCUGGGAAGUGAAGGGAAUGGGGAGAAGGGAGAAGCAAGCAGGGUCUGAGCCUCAGGAGCUUCCCCCCCCAACACACAUCCCUAUUACCACCCCUUCCCCCUGCUUGAGCCAUGAGCAUGGAUUGGGAGCUGAGAGGAGUUGCAGCUGUUGGCAUGAAGCCUCCUUCUCCCUGACUUGGGGAGGCAAGGACCAGCAGGUAAUCUCACCCUUCCUUGAGCUGUUGCUGCACCCUGACGCUCUCAGCCGGCUCGGAUUUUAUAAAAAUGAAUUAAAAAAAUCUCCAAA